CUCGCCAUGUCAUUCGCAGCAGCUCGCCCGCGGACCGCUCCCAUCACGUCCUUUACCAUUACUCCAGACAGCGACCAGCCAAAGGAAAUCAAGCAGUCUCGCGCGUAUACCGAACAAUUGCGCAACCUGGUCCAUUCUUCCUCUGAGAUCCAGAAGAUAGGGUACAUCAUUUACCAGCUCUCGGGGCAGGAUCUGGAUCGCAAGAGGCGAUGCUUUCGAUGCGGUCGCCAUCUCCCUCAUUCCUUCAAGAGGCUCAAGUGGCUGCCAAGGACGCCUGCGCAAGGAGGAAAUGGUGGACAAAGCGACGAGCAGCAAUCGAAGAGAUUGAAACAGACGGUUAUGCCCUGCAAGUACCACCCUGGGAGGGUCUUUCAGAGGCAAUGGUCAUGUUGUAAUGGUGCACCCGGGGCGCCUCCAUGCCAGGGCCAGGAAGAUCACACGCCAAGAAUUUACGGUGCCGGAGAGCUGGAAAGGGAGUGGCGAUACUAUGAAACUCCCUAUAGUGAGUCGGAUGGCCCGAAAGCGGUAGCAGUCGUCAUUGACUGCGAAAUGGGCACGGCCUCGACGGGAGAGACUGAGUUAAUUCGCGUCUCCGCCGUCGACUACUUCUCCGGCGCCGUUCUUCUAGACAGCCUCGUGUAUCCAGAUGUUAAGAUGAUCCAUUAUAACACGAGAUACUCUGGAAUUACUAGGCCGCAGAUGGAGAAUGCGCGGCGUAACCGAUCUUGCCUGUUUGGACGUGCCAAGGCACGGGAGGCUCUAUGGAAAUUCAUCGGUCCCAAUACUAUAGUCAUUGGACAUGGCGCCAACUCCGACUUCAGUUCUUUGCGCUGGAUUCAUCCAGUCAUCAUUGACACGUUCAUUGUCGAGAAGAACAACAGGCCGGUCGAGGAGGAUAAGAAUGGCAAGCAGGUGGAAGAGAGCCUAGAGGUUCCAGCCAGUGCCACAACAGCCAUAGAUGACAACGGAGACGGCCAAACAAACUCUAAAGAAAAAGAGAAGCCCCCUAACCAGCCAAAGCAGAGAGGAGGGCUAUCGCUAAAGGCACUCGCAAAAGAGAGGCUCGGACGAGACAUUCAACUGAGUCAUAAAGGGCAUGAUAGCGUGGAGGAUUCCAUUGCAGCAAGAGAUAUCUUGCACUGGAAUAUCCUCAAGCUCCUUGAGGAUGCGAUGCCAAAGAUAGAGAUCGCAUAGAAGUGAUAUGGCAUAACAGCGCUUUGCAUCUUCAGAGUACGAUAGCGUCAGCAAGAAGAGAUAACAGCUAGGGAAGUGUUUAAUGGAGAACGAGACAUAGUCAAGCACAGGAGAUACAGUGCUCGGGUGUUCAUUCUCAAGACUACUAGAUAGUAGCAUUGUACGCAAUGUUCCUUUCCCUUGAUAUAACAUUUUAUUACC